AUGAACCAAACCGAGCCUCUCAGCCAGGCCGGCGACCCGACACUAGACAUGGGCGAGGCUCUGCAGGUGAUGCCGAUGGAGGAGGCGCCAACCAUGGAGGGACGCAGCAGCCUGCGCGUCUUCCUGGUCAUGAUGGCACUGGCACUCGUCCUAUUCUGCUCCGCCUUGGACAGCUCCAUCGUCUCUACCGUGCUUCCGACCAUUUCGUCGGAUCUGCACUCCGCCGCGGGCUACGUCUGGAUCGGCAGCGCGUACAUGCUCGGCUACGCGGCGGCGUCCACCGUCUGGGCCAACCUGUCCGAUAUUUGGGGCCGCAAGCCCAUUCUCCUGUCGGCUCUGGUUCUCUUUUUUGGGAGCUCCAUCAUCUGUGCGACGGCGGUCAACAUGCCCAUGUUGAUUGCGGGACGGGCCAUCCAGGGCACGGCCGGAGGUGGCAUGCUGCAGAUGGUCAACAUCAUCAUCUCCGACAUUUUCAGCGUCAGACGCCGCAGUCUCUUCCUCGGUCUGCUCGAGAUUGUCUGGACAAUCGCGGGUGCUGUAGGACCAAUUCUUGGCGGUGCCUUGACGCAGAGCCUCUCCUGGCGCUGGAUCUUUUGGAUCAACCUUCCCCUCACUGGCUUUGCCUUCCUCGUACUCGUGCUCUUCCUCGACGUACACAACCCGCGCACGUCGCCCAUGGUUGGCGUCAAGGCGAUUGACUGGGGCGGCACCGUCUGCGUCCUCGGCAUCGCCCUCAUGCUGCUUAUCGGACUCAACUUUGGCGGCGUGACGUUUGCGUGGAACUCUGCGCAGGUCAUCUGCCUCCUGGUGUUUGGUGUCAUCACGCUGCCGCUCUUCAUAUACUGCGAGGCACGCUUCGCGAGAAUGCCUCUGAUGCCUCUCGACAUAUUCAAAAAGGCGCACAACUCGGCCAUAUUCAUCAUCACCUUCUGCCACUCCGCUGUUGUCACCGGUAGCGGCUGGUUCUUGCCGCUGUACUUUCAAGCCACAAGACUCGCGUCGCCCCUGCACUCUGGUGUGCUGCUUCUUCCCAUCGUGAUCAGCUCCUCGUUAAUGAGCGGCGCCGUCGGUUUCGUGAUUCACAAGACAGGCCGCUACAUUGAAAUCAUUCGCCUUGGAAAUAUCCUUGUACUUCUUGGCAUUGGUCUCUUUAUCGAUUUUGAUAGUUCCUCGUCUCUCGCCAAAAUCAUCGCCUACCAAAUCAUCCUUGGCUUCGGCAUGGGCAUGCUCUUCUUCCCGCCACUGCUGGCACUCCAGGCAAACGUCUCGAGCGGGCAGACAGCCGCCGCGACAGCCACUUUUGGGUUUAUCCGAAGUAUGUCAGCCUCUGUGGCAGUCGUGCUCGGUGGCGUGCUCUUCCAAAAUGGAAUGAACGUACAGCAACCGCGUCUUGUCGCUGCCGGGCUCCCUUCCAACAUCACCGACGCCUUUAAAGGCAGCGAUGCCGGCGCCAAUGUGCUUUUGGUGGCGACAAUUCAGAACCCAGAGCACCAGCGCGUGAUGCAGAAUGCCUUCUCGGAUAGUAUCCGCCAUAUUUGGUAUCUGUACACCGCGCUCGGCGCAGUCGGUGUCGUUUCGUGCAUUUUUGUCAAAAAGCAUGUCAUGAGUGAAGUACAUACAGAGGUCAAGACUGGCCUUGAUGGCAAUCGAGCCCAGGAAAAGAAGCUGUAG